AUGGCCUGCUGCACCACUCCUGGGACAUCCAUUCCACAUCUUCUUAAAACAACGAGAAAAGUUAGGUUUUGGGCUGCCUUCCUGAAAUGUUUUGAGGGGGGUCUGUCCACAGUUUUACAGAACUUUGGCUCUCAAGAGGCUAAAGAAGUAGAGCCGGUUGUACUGCACCGUCAGAAGAGAAUGUGGGUUUUAGGUACUAUCAAUGUUGUGGAAGAAGAUGAAGGACCUUUCCCUAAAUUUGCUGUGCGAAUCAAUAAUGACAAGACAGUUACAGAGAAUAUUGUAUUCAGACUGAGUGGCAGUGGAGUUGACAUCCCACCGGAGAUGGGCUUGUUUUAUUUAAACAGAAGCUUGGGAUCAAUAAUGAUUACUCGCAAAGUUGACCGUGAGAAAACACCACUGUUUGCAUUGAAUGUUGAUGCUUUGAAUGCAAAAACCUUAAAGAAAGUGGAUCAAACCUUGAAGUAUAGGAUUAAAGUGAAAGAUAUCAAUGACAAUGCACCAAUAUUCAGUCGUUCAGUAUAUAAAGUAAAUGUAUCUGAAAACACUGCAGAAGGCAAAGAAAUUUUCAGGGUUAGUGCCACAGAUGCGGAUGAGAAAGACAAUGACAAUUCACUUAUUUCAUACUCACUGAUUUCUCAGAAGCCCUCAAAAGAUCUCAAUCAUUUUCACGUCAAUAAUACAAAUGGAGCAAUAAGUUUUACAGGAUGCCUGAAUUAUGAGAGGCUUAAAUCCUACACUCUGACUGUUAAAGCAAGAGACAAUGGCGUGAACAUCCUCAGCAGCACGGCAAUCGUGAAGAUUAGUGUCACUGAUGCUAAUAGCUAUCUCCCUACUUUUAUCAAAACGGGCAAAUUUUCAGGUAAAGUCAAUGAAAAUGAUGAACAAGUAGAUAUUCUUAGAGUAAGUGUUACUGACAAAGAUGUUCCCUAUACACCAGCCUGGAGAGCAAAGUAUAAAAUUGUAGAAGGGAAUGAACGUGGGAACUACAAGAUAGAAACGGACCCUGAAACAAACGAUGGAAUUCUGUCUCUUGUUAAGCAUUUGGAUUAUGAAGGGGGUUCAAAGAGACAGCUGAAAAUCCUUGUUGAAAAUGAAGAACCAUUUUUUACCUGUAAAGAAAUGACUGACGAACAGAAAGCUGAGGCACUGGACAGUGUAUAUGUUGUUAUCAAUGUUCAUGAUACGAACGAUGCUCCUGUGAUUGACCCUUCAGAAGUAACUGUUCAUCUUUUAGAAGGUCAAAAGGCAAAUGUUAUAUUGGUGAAAUUCAAUGCUACUGAUCCUGAUAAGUACAACAUAAAUAAUAUCAGGUUUGUCAAGGCAUAUGAUCCAGAAGGUUGGGUUACAGUAAAUGAGGAAACUGGUGUCGUUACAACUGUCCAUGAAUUAGAUCGUGAAUCUCCUUAUGUGAAAGAGAACAUUUAUAAAGUUAUUGUUCAUGCCAUUGAUGAUGGGAUACCCCCUCAAACUGGAAGUGGCACUUUAAAUAUUGUGUUGAGUGAUAUUAAUGACAGUGAGCCAUAUUUGGUUUCUACAUAUGAAGAAAUGUGUGACGAUGGAGUUAUUCAGCACAUCACUCUUACAGCAAAAGAUGAUGAUAUGAUUCCAUUUGGUGGCCCGUUUCACUUUGAACUUCUAGACAAUGAAGAAAAUAUAAAUGAAAAGUGGAAAUUAGAACAAAAAAGUGGUUAUUCAGUUAAACUUGAAAGAACGAAGAAAAUUCCUGUUGGAAACUAUACCAUACCUGUGCUAAUAAGAGAUAGACAAGGUGUAGCGACAAAGAAUACGUUGCAUCUAUGGAUCUGUCAUUGUCAAGAUGGAAAUACCUGCCCUAUGUCAAGUCCACCUCUAGCUAUCUUAGCUCCAUCUGCAAUUGGUCUUCUCUUUGGAGCAUUACUGCUGCUGUUGUUUGGCUUUUGUCUGAUUUUAUUUAUGACACAGCAACAUUUUCAGAUUUUACCUUUAGAGAAUUCCAAAGGAACACUGAUAAUGUACAAUCAAGAACAGCCUUGUAUAGAAAUGAAAGAUAUUCCAGAGAAACUAUGUAUUGUAAAACAACUAGCUUGUGGCAGUGGAACAAAUGGUUCCUUCAGUAACUUAAAUCCUGAUUAUCAGUUCAGUAAGAUUGGAACAAAGUCCAUAGCUUCAAGGACACAAAGAAGCAAGCUAAGUGUUGAAACAGAUGUGUCAGUCGGCAGUUUCCAAAAUACGUCUGGAACUUGGAAAGAAAAUGAUAACUUAACUCGUUGUGAUACUUUUAAGACAAGAUUUGAAGAGCUUCUGUAUCAGAAACUGAAUGAUUACAAUGCCAGGGAAGAUCGGCAAGGACAUGAUCAGCCCCAUGUUUAUCAGUAUGACGGUGGUGAAAGCAUAGCAUCAUCUUUUGAUUCCAUUGUUAUGGCUGAAAAUGAUGCUGGAUUCUUCUACCUGGAUAAUUUGGAAAAUUGUUUCAUUCCACUGGCCAAAAUUUGUCAACAAAAAAAUUUAAAAUGA